UUCCCUCCAAUCCCCAUUCUCUAUUCCCCCAUCCCCCUUCUCUCUCUCUCUCUCUCUCUCUCUCUCUCUCUCUCUCUGUCUCUCCCUAUCCCUCCCUCCCAAUGCUUACAUAUUAACAUGGACACACUAUUCAGACUAGUAAGCCUCCAAUCCUCCUCCUCCUCCGACCACCACCACCAUCAUCACCACCACCACAAUCACCACCACCCUCAAUCCUCCUCCUUCACCUCCAACAGUCACAGCUCCCUCUCUUCCAAACCCCCUUCUCAUCAUUACUACAAUCUUGACCCUGAUCAAGAAUGCUGCAACACUCCUCACCCUUCCUCUCUUUUCAUGGAUGAAGACUUCUCCUCCUCCUCUUCCUCCAAACACCUCCUCCCUUCCUCCUCCUCCACUCCUCCUCCUCCUCCUCCUCCUAUCCCUCCUCCUCCUCCUUCCCAUCUCCUCUUCGACCCUUCUUCCGACUUCUCCUCUCUCCAUCUCGACCCCACUUCCACUCCUCGCUGGUCUACCGACCUUCUCUUAGACUGCGCCCGUUCUAUCUCCUCCCGUGACACCACUCGUCUCCAACAGCACAUGUGGAUGCUCAACGAGCUUUCUUCUCCUUAUGGUGAUGUCGAACAAAAACUCUCUUCAUACUUUCUCCAAGCCCUUUUCUCUCGUCUCACCUCUUCCGGCCCUCGCACUCUCCGCACUCUCUGCUCCGCUUCCGACAAGACCUCAUCUUUCGACUCCACUCGCCGCACUCUCCUCCGUUUCCAAGAACUCAGUCCUUGGUCCACUUUCGGCCAUGUCGCUGCUAAUGGAGCUAUUCUUGAAUCCUUUCUUGAUUCCCAGCGUCUCCAUAUUCUUGAUCUCAGUUCUACUUUUUGCACUCAAUGGCCAACCUUGCUUGAAGCUCUCGCCACCCGCUCCGCCGAUGACGCUCCACAUCUCUCCAUCACCACCGUCGCUCCUUCCGCUUCCCAACGGGUCAUGCGUGAGGUCGGCGCGAGGAUGGAGAAGUUCGCUAGACUCAUGGGCGUGCCUUUCCGGUUCAACGCUGUUCACCACUCCGGUGAUCUCUCCACACUUGACUUCUCUUCUCUUGGAGUUGAUUCCGGUGAUACUCUGGCCAUCAAUUGUGUUAACUCUUUGCAUGGUGUUUCUCCGGCCGGUCACCGGCGUGAGCUUUUUGUGUCCAUGCUUCGUGGUCUUAAUCCUAGGAUUGUUACCGUCGUUGAAGAAGAAGCUGAGCUUGACGUUGAUGAUGAUGAUGAAGGGUUCUUGAGAGGGUUUAGAGAAGCUCUGAGGUUUUUCGGUGCUUAUUUUGAUUCAUUAGAAGAGAGUUUUCCGAGGGCCAGCAAUGAGAGGUUGGCGUUGGAGAGGGCGGCGGGGAGGGCGGUGGUGGACUUGGUGGCGUGUCCGGCGGUGGAGUCGUCGGAGAGGAGAGAAACAGCAGCGGGGUGGUCAAGAAAGCUACAUGCAGCUGGGUUCACUCCGGUGAACUUCAGUGAUGACGUGGCAGAUGAUGUGAGAGCGUUACUAAGAAGGUAUAAAGAAGGAUGGUCACUCCGGUCAUCGGAGGAGGUGUCCGGCGCCGGCGCCGGGCUGUUUUUGGGUUGGAAAGAGCAGCCGAUGGUGUGGGCUAGUGCUUGGAAGUUGAGCUAGUGGCGGGGAAUGGCACGUGCGAAGAAGCGGGAACCGUGGCGGUUUUUUGAAUACUCACACGUGGGAACUAAAGUUAAGUGGAUGAAAGUAGUAUAAAAACCAAAACAGUGUUUGAAGUUUGAACUUUGAAGUUUGAACUUUGAACUCCUUUGUUGGAGAAUAUACUCUCAUGAUGAAGAACCACCCUUUAAUUCUCUGUUUA